AUGCCCACACCAACCUCUCCGCGUCGCGCGCCUCCAACCCCGCGCGUGCCCACUCAAAACAUACUCCUCUUCCUCAUCGCCUUCCGUCUCGUCAAUGCGUUUGUAGUUCAGACCUUUUUCCAGCCAGAUGAAUACUUUCAGUCACUGGAGCCAGCCUGGCAGAUCGCGUUCGGUCAGGGCCAAGGGGCCUGGUUGACAUGGGAAUGGCGACACCAACUUCGAUCUUCACUACAUCCUCUUUUAUUCGCCGCUAUAUAUAAAGUCGCCGAUUCCCUCGCCUCCACCCUCAGCGUAUCUCCCGCCGUACGCGCAGAUCUCCUAAUUGCCGCUCCGAAGACAGCGCAGGCCGUUGUGGCGGCAAUUGGUGAUUUCUACACAUGGAAGCUCGCAGUUCGCGUCUAUGGAAAUGAUUCCCGUGGAUCCUGGGCAGCGCUGGCCGCAACAGUCCUCAAUCCUUGGCAAUGGUUCUGCUCAACUAGGACCCUGUCGAACUGUCUCGAAACAACAAUCACCGUUGUUGCAUUGGAGUUAUGGCCAUGGCAAAUGUCAGUAGGCGCUACAGCCGGUGUCCGCGACAAAAAUACUAGCAAUCAAAGGAGGGACACGGUCCGAGAUCGAAGUGUAAUUCUUGGGUAUGACCGAAUCUCCAACUUUAUGACAACAGCCACUGACGCUGCCUGCAGCCUCCGCCAAUGCUUACCGCUGGCGGCGUUCGCAUGUAUACUGCGGCCGACCAACAUUCUCGUUUGGGCAACCCUGGCUAGCCUCGCUUGGCUUCGGACCUCUUGGUCCCAGCGCAAGAUCCUCAUUUUCGAAGUUAUACUUUGCGGAUCGGCAAUUCUCGCGGUGUCUUCCGUUGCGGAUCGUCUCUUCUAUGGAUUUUGGACCUUUCCACCGCUUAGGUUCCUAUACUUCAACAUCGCGCAGUCACUGGCUGUCUUCUAUGGCAGCAAUGACUGGCAUUACUAUAUCUCGCAGGGCUAUCCGCUCCUACUCACCACACUGUUGCCUUUUGCGCUUCUCGGUUUAUACCGAACCUUGAUGACUAGGAACUCCACAGUUGGAAACAGUUUGCAGGCAUCGAUUCGAGUGCAAUUAGCGACAGUCUGCCUUCUGAUGCCAUUUGUUCUCUCUUUGAUCUCUCAUAAGGAAGUGCGCUUCAUCUACCCACUGCUGCCCUGCCUGCACAUCUUAGCUGCGCCGCCUUUGGUGCAGUUCUUUUACCCAGCCAUCUACUCGCGGGCAUACCCGCGUCAUACUCCCCGCAGGUUGAUUCUCAUCUUUCUCGUGCUUGUUAACGUGUUCAUUGCGCUAUAUACAACUGUCUACCAUGCAUCAGGAACACUUAGUGUCCUUUCCUAUCUUCGUCAGCAGCACGAAGCACACUCGGUACCAACAACAAAAAGACAAACAAGCUCAAUCUCCGAAACCGGAAUCUCUGCUGGCUUUUUAAUGCCUUGCCACAGCACUCCCUGGCGCUCUCAUCUAGUCUACCCAACUAUUAACGCUUGGGCCCUUUCCUGCGAACCACCGAUCGAUCUCAGUGCAACCCAGAAAGCCGUUUACCGAGACGAAGCAGACCAAUUCUACGACGACCCAUUCCAAUUCCUACGCCAGAAUAUGGCUGGUGGUCUCCGUCACCUCCCUCGACGACCCAGUUACACCUCUUCCACGUCUUAUUCUGUGCCAAAGAACCUCAACGAGGCCGCAAAACAUGAAUGGCCCGACUACCUCAUCUUCUUCGCCCAACUCGAGCCAACCCUAUAUACCAUAUUACGCGGCUCCUACUAUGGUGAGUGCUGGCGCACCUUCAACUCCCACUGGCACGACGACUGGCGCCGUCAUGGCGACAUCGUAGUCUGGUGUCUGGAUACGGUAGAGCAGGAUGCCUGGCGCUCCAACACUCAACGCCAAUUACAGAGAAGCCGAGAUAAGCAAUUCGAUCGUAUUGUGGAAGCGUUCAAGAAAGAGGGGCGCAAGCAAAAAAAGCAGAGCUGGAUAGGCCUCUACAUGUCUUGGAUGCCUUGGUCCUCAUCGCCCCCUUCAUUGCUUGCUUCAUGGCGACAGUCAGUGGGGGCUCUUUUCUCGUCGCCUGCAAAAUAUUCGAUUUAUUGGCCUUGGCGUCCCCCUACUCGUUGGGAGGCAUUUGUAGCGAGGUUUUCAUUCUCGAAGCAGAAGCCGGGGUGGCUUCCUUCUUGGGUGUCAAAUUGGUUGCCGUCUUGGUUGGGCGGAGCUAAAAGGAAACCCACGGAAGCAGAGUUGUGGUCUUGA